GCUUCCGCUGCCCCAUUGUCUUCAGGGGGGAUGUGACCAAUGGGAAGAGUCGGAGGACCGGAAGGACUCUGGUCCUCCAGUCAAUCAGAGCAAGGGCUUUGUGUGAAUGAAGAUUGAGCUUCACACAGACUAAAACUUCCUCCUGUGUCCAACAUCUGAUAUUACAAGGGGAGAAUUUACAGUCAGAAAUCUCAAAGAAAGCUUCAUGUUGUGAUGUGACGGAAUCGCUCAAUUCAUCAGGAGCUGAAUAUCAUCGGUCAUUGAAACUAUAAGGAGAAAUUUUUGUCUGCUGUGUCUGCUUAAAAAGAUUUUAAACAUCAAUGUGACUGGAAAAGCACCGAGACACACAACACCCGAGUGAGAGUGUUCCAGCGCGCUGACUGUGGAAUGAGCUUUCACCAGUUACACAGGUUGAAAAAUUAACACACCACAUUCAGCAGGGAGAGACCAUACACAUGUGUGUGGAUGAGGCUUCAGUUGAUCAUCAAACAUACCAAGAAAUAAAGACACCCGUACCAUGGAGAAACCAUCAACAUGUGGGAAUGGUGGGAAGGGAUUCCGGUUCCAAUCUGAGCUGGAAACUCAUCAACGUGUUCACACUGGGGAGAAGCCGUUCACCUGCUCUGAGUGUGGGAAGGGAUUCACUCAGUUAUCCAACCUGCUGACACACCAGCGAGUUCACUCCGGGGAGAGGCCAUUCACUUGCUCUGUGUGUGGGAAGGGAUUCACUCAGUCAUCCAACCUGCUGACACACCAGCGAGUUCACUCCGGGGAGAGGCCAUUUACCUGCUCCGUGUGUGGGAAGGCAUUCACUCAGUCAUCCAACCUACUGAGACACCAGCGAGUUCACACUGGGAAGAGGCCAUUCACCUGCUCCAUGUGUGGGAAGGGAUUCACUCAGUCAUCCAACCUGCAGAUACACCAGCGAGUUCACACCGGGGAGAGGCCAUUCACCUGCUCCGUGUGUGGGAAGGGAUUCAGUCGGUUGUCAAGACUGGUGACACACCAGCGAAUUCACACUGGAGAGAGACCGUUCAUCUGUUCGGCAUGUGGGAAGGGAUUUAGUGAUUCAUCCGCUCUCCUCAUACACCAGCGAGUUCACACUGGAGAGAAGCCAUUCACCUGCUCUGAUUGUGGGAAAGGAUUCAGUUGGUUAUCCAACCUGCAGACACACCAGCGAGUUCACACUGGGGAAAGGCCAUUCACUUGCCCUGAGUGUGGGAAGGCAUUUAGUCGUUUAUCCAACCUGCGGACACACCAGCGAAUUCACACUGGGGAGAGGCCAGUCACCUGCCCUGAGUGUGGGAAGGGAUUCACUCAGCUAUCCAAGAUGCUGACACAUCGCCGAGUUCAUACCAGGGACAGGCUGUUCACCUGCUCUGAAUGUAGGAAGGGAUUCAGUGAUUCAUCCAUCCUGCUGAGACACCAGCGAGUUCACACUGGGGAGAGGCCAUUCCCCUGCUGUCAGUGUGGGAAGGGAUUCACUCAGUUGUCCAGCCUGCAGACACACCAGCGAGUUCACACUGGGGAGAGGCCGUUCACUUGCUCUCAGUGUGGGAAGGGAUUCACUCAGUUAUCCAGCCUGCAGACACACCAGCGGGUUCACACCGGGGAGAGACCAUUCACCUGCCCUGAGUGUGGGAAGGGAUUCACUCAGUUAUUCAGUCUGCUGAGACAUCAGCGAGUUCACAAGUGA